UAUAUAGGUGGGUGGGGUGUGGGGCUUUCGAGUCUUUGCAAGUAGUCCUCGAGAGACCUAAUCAGAGUGUUUUGGUGAAGACCAAGAAAAGACUUACUAGAAAGAAUCAUACAUAGUUUGGUGGGAAGAGCUUUUAAUUAUAGCCAGGACAUAGCGAUGGGUAGGCAACCUUGUUGCGACAAACUCGGGGUGAAGAAAGGGCCGUGGACCGCCGAGGAAGACAAGAAGCUCAUCAACUUCAUCCUUACCAAUGGCCACUGCUGCUGGCGUGCCGUCCCCAAGCUCGCCGGCCUCCGCCGCUGCGGGAAGAGCUGCCGCCUCCGCUGGACAAACUACCUCCGCCCCGACCUCAAGAGGGGCCUCCUAACUGAUGCUGAAGAGCAGCUCGUGAUCGAUCUCCACGCUCGUCUGGGCAACAGGUGGUCCAAGAUUGCAGCGAGGUUGCCCGGUAGAACUGACAAUGAGAUAAAGAAUCACUGGAAUACACAUAUUAAGAAGAAGCUUAUAAAGAUGGGUAUCGAUCCGGUCACUCACGAGCAGAUCAGCAAACCUCAUGAGGAAGAUCAAUCUUCGUCAUCACUGACCGAUCAGAAGAACAAUUCAUUGGCAGAUAAUCAAUCUUGCGAUAAAAGCCAAACCAGUGGUCUCGUGAAUACUGAAUCAGAUCAUAACUCAUCCAGAUCACCCACCGAGAACUGCUCGAGCACAGAUGAGUCGACUCACGUCUUGCUGGACAGCAGUGUCUGUGGUGGCGAUGAGUUCUUGUUGGACAGCUUGUGGUUGGAGGAUACUAAUCCAACGGUUGAUAUUUCAUGGAACAGCCAAGUACCAGGUGACUUGAUGAAUGAUUUUCUUAGUAAUGACAUAGCAUUUCCAUCUAGUUGGGAAGAGAAUGGCUCGUGGCUGUUGGAUUGCGAAGAUUUCGGGGUUCACGAUUUUGGUUUGGAUUGCUUCGGCGACAUGGAAGUGAAAACAGUGGAACCAUCGACCUUAGAGAUGGGCAGUAAGCAGUAGCAAGCAUCGGCCCUAUCGAACCAAGUGAGAAUUGCAAGUCCUCUUGUCGAGUACGCAUGCAUGUUCAUCCUGUACAGACAAGUUCCUUUGGUUUGGUAGCUACGGUCGGGCAUAUACAAUUUUCAGGUGAAAUACUGCAUGUAUGUCGUGUAUAAACCAGUGGUCUCAAUCGUCGCAGAUAUGAAUCACGAACUGAACAUACGAAGCGUAAGCUAGUGAUCACGGAAGCAGAUGUUACGAAGGAAAAAAAAAAAAGGUUUGAUGUCUGCUUCAGCUUUAGGUUAUAUUAGUUAGCUAUAAAAUAUUCUUGGAGGGUGAAUGGGAAGCCUUGCUGGGUUAUCACAUCGGUUCUUUUCAACACCACAAAACAGUGACACAACACCCAAAAGCAUUAUUCAAGUGUGAUGCUUUUAAUUCAAAUAUGUAACUUAAUACUUUUCUUUUCCCUUUUCUCCCGACAUUGUAAUGUCUUAUGUAAUACAUAGGGAUAUAUAUGCACAUAAAGAUAAAUGUUGGGUUUCUGCUUAACUGAACCCCUCUGUAAUUAAAUAAUGUAUAUGCAAUGAAAAAAUAAAGGGAAAAUUUUUAAAUUUGA